GCCCUGCGGGAAGAUGCUGCGUGCCCGAUGGCACGGGUGCUCGCUGCCGACUGCGCCUUUUGCCAGGGCGAUGUGGCCAAAGCAAAGGACUUUCUGGAGAACUUGAGCAAAGAAAGCGAGGGUGCAUCCGGUGUGUGGUCCUGGCGCGAGCUGCAAUAUGUGGAGGCCUGGUGUCGCUGGGUACUUCAUAGCGACCCUGCAGGGUGCUACGACGCACUGAGCGAGGUUGUGUCACGGCACCCCAGCGACCUGUUUGCAGUAAAGCGUGGGCACAUCAUGGGCCUGAUUCUGGGGGAUGGUUCCAGGAUGUUGUCGAUUGUACAGCCGGCAGCAGACAGU